AUGGAGGAAGGGGAGAUCGCCGCGCCGGCCGAACCUGCCAGGAGAAAGGCUGCUACCACUGCGUCGCUCAAUAUCAGCAAGAAAAAUGCCACUCGGUUGAAGAGAGUAUCAUCCAUAUUGAGAAAAAAACAUGACAGUCUCACUCCAGAAGAGAGACGAAUUCUUGAGGAGAAUUCUGAAUUAGUCGAACAGUUUUAUAAAAGGCGAGAGAGACGGGCAGUUUGGCAAUCUAGGAAGACAGAACAGGAAGAUUCACCAGAGUUGUUGGAAGCUAAGUGUGAACAACUUGCACAGGCUAUCCAUGAUGCUGAAUUCCUGGUUGUGUACACUGGGGCUGGCAUCUCAACUGCUGCUUCCAUACCAGACUACAGAGGCCCUAAUGGAAUUUGGACGAUGCUGCAAAAGGGGUUAGACAUUGGGCACCAUGACCUCUCUGCAGCUGAGCCUACUCUAACACACAUGGCACUUUCUGCACUUUAUCACCAAAACAUUGUGAGACAUGUAGUUUCCCAAAACUGUGAUGGCCUCCACCUCCGCUCUGGCCUUCCCAAGACAGCAAUGUCGGAAGUCCACGGCAACAUGUAUAUUGAGGUUUGCAAGCACUGUGUUCCAGCACGGGAGUAUGUAAGAACUUUUGAUGUCACUGAGAGAACUUCCAUCUAUAAGCACACUACAGGGCGCCGCUGUUAUAGAUGUGGUGAGCCUUUGAUAGAUACAAUUGUACAUUUUGGGGAGAGGGGGAAACUGCGAUGGCCUCUUAAUUGGCAAGGAGCAUGUCAGGCGGCCAAUGCCUGUGAUACAAUUCUCUGCUUGGGAUCAAGUUUAAAGGUUCUGAAAAAGUACCCAUGGCUUUGGCAAAUGGACCGACCACCCAAAAAACGACCACAACUUUAUAUUGUCAACCUGCAAUGGACCCCAAAAGAUAAGGAUGCAACCCUCAAGAUUAACGGAAAAUGUGAUGUUGUGAUGGCUUUAGUAAUGAAGGCCAUGGGAUAUGAACUUCCCUACUAUUGUAGGGCAAGUGACCCAAUUUUUCAUCUGUCGACCCCUCUUCAUCCUGGGGAAUACUCUACUACAACACGGCCCCACCUCCAACCACCAAUGGAAGAUGAGGAAGAACCUGCUGCCAUGAAGGAGGAGGAGGGAGGAUCAGUCUCUGACGUGAGAUGGAGAAAGGAUGGUGCAGACAAAUCAAAGAAAAGGAGAACUCAAGUGGAGGCUGAUGGGUACUUAGUUGACAGUGAAAUAAAAAAUGACAUUAAAAGUGAGGAUGAGAGCAAAUGUGAUAUAAAGACAGUGAAUGGCCUAACUUCUACUUGGGAUAUAAAAGCUGCUCACCUGAGUGAGAGUGAAGGUUCACUGCUGCAAGAAAAGUUUAAAUGCAAUUCCUUUCUCCUUUGUGAUGACAGUCUUAUUAAAAGAGAAGAUGACAUGAAGCACAAAAUUAAGGAUGAAGAAGACACGAGUGAAGAGAAAGUUUGGGUUGAGGAUACAAACGGUGAGUGCAGUCAGUUUGUCAGGGAGAAUUCCUUAAUCAGUAGGUCUCUGGAGGAGGAGGAGUUCAAAGGUGAUCCAAUGGAAGAAGAUGAAAUAAGAAAUGAGUCCAUGGAAGAAGAACCAAAGAGUGAGCAAGAGGAUCUAAAAAGUGAUGGCUUAGACAGUGAUGAAGAAUCUCAACUGUCAGAUGUGGAAUCUUGUACUUGGAUGAGUGAAAACCUGAGUGAAAAUUUCCUGAACACAAAUGUGAAUUCCUUGAAAAGCAGUGAAAGUUCAUGCUCUGAGUCUGAUCUAAGUGAGAAAGCAGACUGUGAGAAAGGAAAUGACAGUGAUUCACCAGUGAGGAAAUGCAAUAACAUAGAUUAUUUCAAACUAGCCUAUUCAUCAACCAAUGUUAAGAUGGCUAAGCAUGGUCAGGCUCUCUUAAAACAGAAUGAUUUCUACGGCACAGGUCUUUGUAUCAGGUCCUUAGGGGAAAGUCCAGUAAGCAGUGGAAAAGAAAUGCGGGCAAAAAGUGCAAGUAAUGGGAUGAGAACAAAUGUAUAUUUCAAUGCUAAGGAAAUGUCUGUCAGUGAACAGUGCCAAGAAAGUGUGACAGAUCAGUGCAGCAAUACUGAGCAACUUGAUACUGUAGAGAGGGAUAGUGCAAACACCUACCUAAACCCUGCCUCAGCAACUGAUUCUAAAGUGUCUAGUCUUCCUAACUGCCAUGAUUCUCCUUCCAUAUUAUCCAUGUGUUCAAGUGACAGUAGUGAUAAGGUAAUGGUUCCUAAUUCCCUGGUAGAAACAGAGGAAAGUGACUUAGUGGUUCAAAGAGAAGUUUUAACUUCUGGCAGUUUAAAGGAAAACUUUGACUUUCAGCUGAAACAGACAUAUGACAGAGAGCUUUCACUAGUUGUUCCUCAGUUUCACAGCAGUGUAUUACCAGUCGAGAAAGAUUGUGUUGUAAAGUCAGAAGAGGUUUGUGUAAAUGCUCAUUCUGCUGAAAAUAUGAAUCCAGCUGUCUCUAAUUCCUCAACUGAUGAAUAUAGUCAAAAUGGCUCAAUAGUGGCUGAUGGCAGUUUUUUACUAAGAACACAUAUUGUUGAUGGAAUAAUCAGGACAGCCUGUGUUGAAACACUUGUAGAAAAUGAAUCUGCAUGUAAAGAGGAAGUCCCGGAGGCUUGUGAUGCAUCUCAAGAGUCAUUUCCUAGAACUUGUGAGGGUCAAACUCAAUUACUGAACAGUACAGAUGUAAAAUAUUCGGUUGAAUCCUCUGAGAGUGAGGAGCUGAAGUCCAUAUGGUAUCAAAGCUUCUGUGGAACUAGUAGCAAUAAUGUUAUGGGUACUACCAAAAAGGAAGAAAGAAAAGGCUCUAAUAAACGCAAUCAUCAGAGUUCAGAAAAAUCAAGUUCUGUAAUUCUCAAAAAUAUAUGUACAGAAGCCUUGAAUGAUAGUGUUACCAGGCAAAAAGGAGCUGCCAAAAGAAAAUUUACAGGGUGUGAUAAUGAUGAUGUUAAGUACAUUUGGUUUUGGGGAUUUGAUAGUAACUCAGAGGUUAAGGAGAAAGAUGCUAUUGGAAAUGUUCCAGACAGAAGCACUAAAGCACAGGAUACAAAUUCUUCACCUGAGGUUGAUGUUGAAGGAUUUGAUAGUGGUGACAGUCUUCCUGUUGGAAGAGUGACAAGGAGCAGAACUAGAGCAUCUUGUGACUCAAAAGUGGAACCAGAACCUGAUGUUUUCAAGUGUCACUGUAAUGGUAGCAAUCCAGAACUCUGCAAGCUGGCUAGGCUAAAACCUGCCAAAGUCAAGUGUGAUGAAGUGCAGAAAGCAAGAGACAUUAUAAAUAGGAGACGGACCUGCAAUUACCGGAGGUUUGAACCUGUUUUUGAGAAAAAUCUUGAGAGUUUGACAUACGAGAGAGCUAAGACAAAGAGAAAAUCUAAAUUUGAGCAGGUGCAGAAUAAUGAGGAUUAUGAGGAAGAGGAAGACUUUGAAGAGCAAGAGAAUGAAAUGAAAGAAGAGGCUGAUCAAAAAAUGAGCGAUGGUGAAGAGUUCAGAGAAAAGGAUGAGAAAGAAGAGAAGAAAAUUACACCAGGCUGGUAUGGAAAAGGACUAAGGAAAGGUAUGAAGAAAAAGACAAGAGUGUAAACUUACAUACAUGACUCAGAAAUAUAAAUUUCAUUGACUUUUACGUAAUUUGCUGGAAAACUAGUGUGGUAUAUCUUAACAAUGCUUAAGGUCGCCUUUUUAUUUAGGAACUAGUAAUAUUAGAGUAUUCAAAAGUUGAGGCUGGUCACUUGUAGUACCUGAUGGGUGUGACAUGGAAGGUAGAAAUCUUUGUCAAGUUGAUUUAUGUUUAAGUUUGUACUUAUGUGAAGAAUGAAAAAACAGAUGAAAGUAUAUACUUCUAUAUCAUAAAAGUCACAAGAGCAGUUUCUAUAAAAAGUCACCAGGGAGUGACAAGAUUUAAUGUGAUUUAGCUAAGGUGUCUGAUGUCUUAGGAGUUUAAGCUGUCCUGAAUGAAACAAGAAUACAAAAUAUCUUAUCAUAAAUUUUUAAGCUCAA